CAAAUCCUCCCCGCCCCAACACUUCGCCUUUUGGCACCCUUCGCUUUCCUCUUGUACAAUUACUACACUCUCCACUCUUCUCAGGUGCGAGCGUUUGCGGCAUUCGGCACCCCGAUACACUUCUUGUACAGUGUUCAGGCCGCAACACUAAUCCCGCAGCAGGCGAACGCCUAAAUAAACGAAAUAUUGCACCGCGCGUAUCGAUAACGCCUCCGUCCCUAAAUUUCCAUUCACUCUCCCUCGAGCGCCACUUGGGAAUAUCUCUAGGUUUCCCUUCUCCAGAAGGGGAUGCCGCAUUCUGAGUCGCCGCCCAUGGCCCCAGCAAUAAUGGUCGACCAGGCGGGCUCCGCCCCGCCUCCCUCCUACGACGAUAUCUCCUCGCUAAUGAGCCAAAUCUUCACGGCGAAAACGUCGCACGCUUCGGUGGAGGCAGCUUAUGCGCUUUCCACACUCCUCCAGAACUCGGUCGGCUUUCGCGGACUUAGGGGUUAUGGUGUAUUAGAAGAGAUCAAGAAGGCGGCAGGGGACAAGAAGAACCCGAUUCGCAGAGAAGGCGCCAUGAACGCGCUCGGCGCGCUAUUCGAACGGUUUCCACGAGCGCAGAAACUCGCGGAGGUCGUUUUCAUGGUUCAAGAAGAGGGACUGGUUGCUUUGGCGCUGGAUGCUUUGUCUGAUAAGACGGCCCCGGUCCGGGAAUCUGCGAAAUACGCACUGGAUGCGUUGUUCGACAACUUGAAUGCGGAGGCCAAGGUUGUUGGUCUCCUUCCUGCGCUUUCGAAAUAUCUGAGUAAGAAGUCCGGCAAGUGGCAGGGUGCUGUUGGUGGCUAUGAGCUGCUGGGCCGCAUGGCGGAUAAGGCGAAGAUGGGAAUGGAGUCUUUGGAAGUUGAAAAGGAGAAAGAUGUCCUCCGGGAGGCUAUGGGCAAGAAGCUGGAAGGACUGAUUCCCAUCGUGGAAGCUGGAAUGCACGACCUUAAGAACGAGGUUGCAAAACAGGCAGUCAAGACUAUGAACAGCUUAACUACACUCCUCCAAAACGACGAUAUCGCUCCUCGUAUACCAUUGCUCGUGAAGGCGAUCGAAGACCCGUCCACGCAGAGCCAGCAGAAGGCGAUCCAUGCCUUGUCGCAGACCACCUUCGUUGCCGUCGUCACCUCUCCCGUUCUCGCCAUGGUCACCCCUCUUCUAGAGCGCUCCUUGAACACACCCAGUACUUCGCAAGAAGUGCUCCGUCAGACGGUUGUGGUCGUGGAGAAUCUUACCAAACUCGUCCACGACCCCAUCGAAGCGCGUGCUUUCCUUCCCAAGUUGAAACCCGGUGUACAGGCCGUCAAGGAUCGUGCCUCACUACCUGAAGUCAGAGAGAUUGGCGCCAGGGCUCUGGACGUCAUCGAGAAGGCUAUGGCUGACAAGGAUGGUCUUGCGGAGAAAGGGGCUCUUUCACGCACCUCGCCUGCUGAGGUCCAGGAGGCUCUGGAUAAACAGAUCAGCGCUGCUGGGGGUCUACUAAAUUUCCCUGGUGAUGCGGAGGUUUGGGCUCACGCGAGAGAUUAUAUUUCGGAGAUGGUCGCCGAGGUCGUGAAUCUGAGGGCGCACGAGCGCAUCCCGCAAUUGAUUACCCCUUACCUGGAACCGCUCCUUCAUCCUGGAGCGGCUGCGAAGGUUUCGGAGGCCAUCCAUCGGUUUUAUGUCGAAGAAGAUCACAGGAAGUUCGGGGCACCGGUGAAAGAAGACGAUGGCGAGGUUGAAAUCGUGAACGCGAAUUUCUCCUUGGGUUAUGGCGGCAUGCUGCUGCUUUCGCACACUAAUCUUCGCCUUCUCAAGGGCCACCGUUAUGGUCUCUGUGGUCGUAAUGGCGCGGGCAAGUCCACUCUGAUGAGAAGUAUUGCGGAUGGCAAGCUUGAGGGUUUCCCGCCCCAGGACCAAGUCAAGACUUGCUUCGUCGAGCAUAAUCAGGGGGAGGACGCUGAUCUUACUAUACUCGAGUACAUCUCGCGCGAUCCUCGCUUUAAAGAUGAGAGCCAGGAACGCAUUUCCCAGGUCUUGGAAGAGGUUGGUUUCACGGCCGGCCCGGAAGGCAGACAAUCGCACAAAGUUGGGUCUCUCUCUGGAGGGUGGAAGAUGAAGCUGGCCUUGGCCCGCGCUAUGCUUAUGCGCGCUGAUGUGCUCCUGCUCGACGAACCGACCAAUCACCUGGACGUUGCCAACGUCAAAUGGCUACAGGAUUACCUGAAGAAGCACACGGAAAUCACCAGCUUGAUCGUCUCCCACGACUCCGGUUUCUUGGAUGCAGUCUGCACGGACAUCUACCAUUACGAGCAGAAGAAGCUUGUGUGCUACAAGGGUAACUUGGCCGAUUUCGUCAAGGUCAAGCCGGAGGCCCAGAGCUACUACACCUUGUCGUCCUCUCAAGUCCAAUUCAAGUUUCCCCCGCCUGGUAUCCUUUCUGGAGUCAAAUCUAACACUCGCUCCAUUCUCCGCAUGACCAACUGUACUUACACGUACCCUGGUGCUUCUAAGCCAUCACUCUACGACGCUUCCUGCAGCCUCUCUCUUUCCUCGCGGGUUGCCAUCAUCGGCGCAAACGGUGCUGGUAAAUCUACGCUCAUCAAGAUCCUCACUGGUGAGCUUAUUCCCCAACAAGGCAAGGUCGAGAAGCAUCCCAACUUGCGUAUUGGGUAUAUUAAGCAGCAUGCCCUGGAACACGUCGAGAUGCACCUGGAAAAGACCCCCAACCAGUAUCUCCAGUGGCGUUAUGCCAAUGGUGAUGAUCGUGAGGUGCUGAUGAAGCAGACCCGUGUUCUGACCGAGGAGGAUAGGGCUCAGCUGGAGACUCCCAUCGACCUUGGCGAUGGAAAGGGGCCUCGCAAGAUUGAGGCUCUUAUCGGUCGCCAGAAGUACAAGAAGAGUUUCCAGUAUGAAGUCAAGUGGCAGCAUAUGCUGCCGAAGUUCAACACUAUGAUUUCUCGUGAGACUCUGCUCGAGAAGGGUUUUCAGAAGUUGGUGCAGGAGUUUGAUGAUCAUGAAGCUUCACGGGAAGGUUUGGGUUUCCGUGUCCUGGAGCCCAAGGUCAUCUCGAAGCACUUCGAAGAUCUAGGCAUGGAUCCUGAAAUCGCCAACCAUAAUGAGAUCUCUGGUCUUUCCGGUGGCCAAAAAGUCAAGGUUGUACUUGCCGGCGCACUGUGGAACAACCCCCAUUUGCUUGUGCUCGACGAACCUACCAAUUUCUUGGAUCGUGAUUCGCUUGGAGGUCUGGCUGUCGCCAUUCGCGACUAUAAGGGCGGUGUCAUCAUGAUUUCCCACAACGAAGAGUUCGUCGGAGCUCUAUGCCCCGAGCAGUGGCAUGUAGUUGACGGUCGUGUAACCCAUAAGGGCCGUUCUGCGGUGGAUAUGAGUCGCUUCGAAGAUUCGCGACCGGGCUCCAGCGCCGUUAGCUCCGCGGUUCCUUCCACUAACCCAAGCACAAACGGCACCCCUGUCAUGUCCGAGGCCGAGGGCAAGCCUGACGAUAUGAAGUUCAAGGCGAAGAAAAAGAAGAAGAUGACCAGGGCACAGCUGAAGGAACGGGAAGUGAGGAGGAGAUUGAGGCAUAUUGAAUGGUUGAACAGUCCGAAAGGCACACCCCACCCACCGGAUACGGAUGACGAGGAAUAGAGAGAUACCCCAUAAAAGUUUGCAUCCUUUCGCGAAAUGAGAUUAUAGACUUCCCGGCAUUCAAUGGCGUUUGAUUAUAGACCGGGUCGGGUGGGAUUGCGUUUGAAUACAUAGAGUAGGAUUGAGGGAUGUGACUUUUGUCGCGAUCACGAUAGGCACGCAGACGAUGUUGGUUAUCUAGAUGAAGCACGUUUAUGUUACGCGUC